AAGAUGUUGUCUGCAAAAGCCACAUGCAACUCUCACGGCCAAGAUUCAUCCUACUUCCUUGGAUGGGAGGAAUACGAGAAGAAUCCUUACCACCACCUUCACAAUCCCAAUGGAAUCAUCCAAAUGGGUCUCGCCGAGAAUCAACUCUCCUUCGACCUUCUAGAAUCAUGGCUCAAAAACAACCCAGAUUCAGCCGCUAUCAAUCAUCACUCCAUCUUCAAACAACUUGCUCUCUUCCAAGAUUAUCAUGGCCUUCCUGCUUUCAAAAACGCAUUAGUCGAGUUCAUGUCGGAGAUAAGAGAAAACAAAGUAACUUUCGAUCCAAACAAUCUUGUACUCACCGCCGGUGCAACCUCCGCCAAUGAAACUCUAAUGUUUUGCCUCGCUGAUCCCGGCGAAGCUUUCCUCCUUCCCACACCAUAUUAUCCAGGGUUUGAUAGAGAUCUCAAGUGGAGAACUGGAGCCGAGAUCGUACCAAUCCACUGCUCCAGCUCCAAUGGUUUCAGGAUCACCAAAUCUGCCCUCCAAGAGGCAUACCAACAAGCACAAAACCAGAACCUUAAGGUGAAAGGGGUUUUGGUCACAAACCCUUCUAACCCGUUGGGUACGUCACUCAGCUUGCAUGAACUCGAACUCCUCAUCGACUUUAUCUCCUCCAAGAACAUCCAUCUCAUCAGCGAUGAAAUCUACUCCGGCACAGUUUAUUGCUCUCCGGGCUUCGUUAGCAUCAUGGAGGUCCUAAAGAACAAGGGUCUUAUGAACACCGAGGUGUGGAAACGAGUUCACAUUGUUUAUAGCCUUUCCAAAGAUCUUGGUCUACCAGGUUUUCGGAUUGGAGCAAUUUACUCCAACGAUGAUAUCGUCGUCUCCGCCGCAACGAAAAUGUCAAGCUUCGGGUUAAUUUCUUCUCAAACUCAAUACCUACUAUCAGAAAUGCUAUCCGAUAAGAAAUUCACCAAAAACUAUCUGAGGGAGAAUCGAAAAAGGCUGAAACAAAGGCAUGAAAUGAUGGAAAAGGCCCUACAAAAAGCCGGUAUUAGAUGUCUCAAGAGCAAUGCCGGUUUAUUCAGUUGGGUUGAUAUGAGACACCUUUUGAGUUCACCAACUUUUGAAGGGGAAAUGGAGUUAUGGAAGAAGAUUGUGUAUGAUGUCGGGUUGAACAUCUCGCCCGGUUCAUCAUGCCAUUGCAGUGAACCCGGUUGGUUUAGGGUUUGCUUUGCCAACAUGUCGAAGGAAACCCUAGUUCUGGCCAUGCAACGUCUGAGUUCGUUUGUUGAUUCCAUGACGAAGGAAAGCAAUCAAAGCCGUCGCCGGCAGCCACUGAUCGGAAAUCCAAGAAGAUUGAAGUCACUGCCCAAAUGGGUUUUUUUCACUAUCGUUCACUACCGCAAAGUCGGGGAGGAACGGUACGUAGUCCGAUGUGACGAUCAAUUGGUGUCAAAUAAUAAACGUGUGGAUUUUUUGUAAUCGAGUUCUUUAAUUUCAUUUUUUUUUCUCAAUAUGAUGUUGUAUUGAGUUUAGUUUUUCCUUUUUAUUCCUUUCUGGGGAUUACUUGAUGCAGAGAAAGUGUAGUCUAUUUUAUGCAUCAAAAGAAGUGGAAUAUGCUUCUUUCAUUUGCAAAUCCAUUCUUGGUACGAUAGAAGAAUAAAUGAAAUGUUGCUUUUUACAUAAAUUUAUGCGUCUAGUAACAAAAUUAUUUAUAACACUCUUUGAAAACGA